AUGGCGGAAAUUCGUCGCAAGCUCGUUAUCGUCGGUGAUGGUGCAUGCGGAAAGACCUGUCUCCUCAUUGUCUUCUCCAAGGGUACCUUCCCUGAGGUCUACGUCCCCACCGUUUUCGAGAACUACGUCGCCGAUGUUGAGGUCGAUGGCAAGCACGUCGAGCUCGCCCUCUGGGAUACCGCUGGUCAGGAAGAUUACGACAGACUGCGCCCUCUCUCCUACCCCGACUCGCAUGUCAUCCUGAUUUGUUUCGCCGUCGACUCGCCCGACUCUCUCGACAACGUCCAGGAGAAGUGGAUCUCCGAGGUCCUCCAUUUCUGUCAGGGUCUUCCUAUCAUCCUUGUUGGAUGUAAGAAGGAUCUCAGACACGACCAGAAGACCAUUGAGGAACUUCACAAGACUUCGCAGACUCCUGUUACCGAGGAGCAGGCCAGACAAGUCAAGGACAAGAUCGGUGCCAAGGAGUACAUCGAGUGCUCGGCCAAGACCAACGAGGGUGUUCGUGAGGUCUUUGAGCACGCCACUCGUGCUGCCCUCACCUCAAGAAAGGAGAGGAGUAGCAGCCGCAAGAAGUGCUUGAUCCUGUAA